CUCGGCACAACCUCUGCUUUAACAACACAUCACAAACAUGGCAGCAGACAUAAAAGUGCUCCUCUGCGUCGGACUCGCUGUCGUAUUGACAGGCGCGGGACAGUCUGCUCUCGUCGGGAAGAGUCACGCGGCAGGAAAGGACGACGUCGUGCUGCAAUAUGUCGUCAACAACUCACUGAGGGAACAUCCAGUCCUCACCAAACUCAGACUGAGAACUCUCGAGGACCAGAGGAAUGUGAUGAUGGUGGCGAUAGAACAGGCUCAGUUUAUGGCGAAUCUCGUCAGACUGAUCAACGCGACCAGAGCCAUCGAAAUCGGGAUGUACACAGGAUACAACGCACUGAGCAUGGCUCUGGCCAUGCCGGACAACGGACACGUGGUGGCUUGUGAAAUCGAGGAAACCUACGUGAACAUUGCUAAACCGUUUUUUAAAGAGGCUGGAGUUGAAAAUCGUAUUGACGUACGACAGGGAGCAGCCAUGAAGACACUGAAUGAGCUGAUCGCAGCCGGGCAAACGGGAACAUACGACUUUGUGUUCAUCGACGCCGACAAAUCAAACUACGACGGCUACUACGAGAAAUCCCUGGAGCUCGUACGAAAAGGGGGCGUCAUUGCCAUCGACAACGUGCUGUGGAGCGGCAAAGUGGUGAAUCCUGCUUCUGACGACGCCACCUCCCUGACUCUGGAUGCUCUCAAUAAGAAGCUGCACAAGGACCAGAGGAUUGAACUGAGCAUGCUCACGAUCGGUGACGGGCUGACCCUUGCGUUUAAACGCUAGUUAAAAAAAUGAUGUUUUCCUUGCACCGAUUGUGAUACAAAAUAAAAGAAA